AUGUUUGUCCAAUUUAAAAUUAAGAAUGAAUAUGAUUAUCUUCGAAAAUUUCAAGCUUAUGCUUCAACUGAAUUCUGGAAAACUUUACAAGAAUCUCAAGGUCAAUAUCAAGUUACUGAAUGGAUGUUAAGAUUAUUUAAAGAAAGUCGUGGUAUUAAAAUGUUUAGUGGUUCAAAAGAAGUAUUUUUUACUUCUGCUAAUAUUAAAGAAAUAUAUCAAGUAUUACGUGUUGAAGAUUUUAGUGGAUCUACUGUUGAUGAAUUCAUGAGACUCUUCCAAAAAGUUGCUGAAGAUUCUGGACAAAUAGAAUUAGGUGAUUCUCAAUUUGAUGAUGUAGUCCCUGCAAUGGUUGUUGCAGAAUUUUUUAGGUACUUCUUAGAUGAAUGUUAUUCAUAUUUACAAAAUAUCUUAUCAACAACUUCCACCAAACUAUAA